AUUUUUGACAUCUAGAUAUUCACAACUUAGUGUCAGCUGUUUGUUUCUGCAUCCUGACAAAGUUACAUAACCUUCAUUGUGAACUGACCAUAGACGUUCUGAGUAAAUCGAAAGUUAGGGGUUCAGAUCCGAGGCAGCCAUGGAGAUGCAGGAGAUCCCCAAAGAGAGCCCAAAAAGCAGCAGAGAGGAGGGAGCAGGUGAGCCGAUGCUGGAGGUGAAAACCCAAGAGGAAGCAGAACCAGGCCAUUACGAAGAACUGCAAAGUCCAUCGGAGGAUGUCUAUGUAGAAGCCUUUCAUCCGACAGUCAAAUCAAGAACUGGCAAACAGGAUGAAGGAAAAACAGGACUGUACCGGGUGCUGUGUUUAAUCCUCACAGUAAUCUGCUUCCUCCUUCUCAUUCUGGUUUUUGUCCUCGGUGUGAAACUCAAAACUGGAUCCACAGUCUGCUCAGGAAACCGCAGAUUCGAGGACCAACAGAGUUCGACAUGCAGCCUGGAGGAGUGUCAGAGCCACUUCCCAAAGAGUCAGUUCAACAAGCUUCCCUGUCGGCAGUGCGCUAGCGGCUGGCUCACCUUUGGAAAAUCCUGUUUUUUCCUGUCCACCACCAGACUGACCUGGUUCGAGAGUCAGAAGAACUGCAGCUCCAGUGGAGGAUCUCUGGCUAUUGUUUCCAGCCAGAAUGUUCAGAACUUCCUGACAAAGAAAGGGGAACUGAAAUAUUGGAUUGGACUGAGGCAUGACGACUCCAUAUGGAACUGGGUCAACAGCAGUAAGCUGCAGCAGAGCUAUUGGACUGAAUCUGUACAGAAUGGAGACUGUGCCUAUCUGAACAGUGAAGGCCCAGUCGAGAAGAACUGGGACAGAGCUCCCUGCCAGGCCUCCUCCUACUUCAUCUGUCAGCUGCAGUUCUGAUGGAAACUGUCUCGUCAACAAUCGUCUUAAUAGCAACACAAUCAGCAGCUUGUUCUCACGCCACAGUCCAAUCAUAUCCAAGGUUCUUAGAUAUAAAAUAUAUUAAAUCUAUGGUCUGAAUUUAAUGUAUGCCAUCAAGUUCUAUUUGCAUCGUGUCAUAUAUGAGUAAUACUUCAGUGGUUCAACGUUUAUAAAUUGUAUUUGCUGGGUUUAUCUCUAGAAAAAAAAAACAGUUACAGACUCCUGUAUCAUUAAUCUUAGACAUAUUACACUGAGAUUGAAUAAAGCUCAAUCUGCUCCUGUAACAGCCUAGGAAAGCUUCUUUUCCAACAAAAUAUCGGAUUCCGUUUUAUUUGCAUUCUUUGCAUUCAGUUAUUUUCAUCUGUUAUUUUCAUCUGAUCAGUUUUCCCAUGUUUCACUCUUAGUUCUAUUCUUUGUGAUAUUUAGUUAGAUUAAUUUCCUGGUCUCUCCAGUCUCAAAUCAACCUGCUAGCUAAUCAGUGCAGGUGUUUUGUUCCAGCAUUCACCAUCACACUAUUUAAACCUUUCUCCUGCUCACAUUCCUUGCUGGUUCCUCCAGUUGGAUUACUGUUUUUGUUUUGACUCCUUGUGAUUUUAAUAUAUUUUGUUUUAUAUGUAAUUUUUUCAUUAAAACAUUCUUUACCAGCAA